AUGAGCUAUUCCAAUGAAAACCUGACGCUACAAGAGCUCCAAGAAGCAAAUGCCCUCAAAGAAGCCGAAGAAAUUUCCGAAAUUCUGAGGAUAAAGAUCGAAGUAUGCAUCUACGUGAUAGUCUUCUUCAUCGGUGGACCCCUAAACCUGAUGGCCCUCUCAAAGUCUCUUCGUGCCUUCUCCAGAACACAUAAAGCAAAAAGUCAAAUACUCCUUCUUCGGAUAACUCUGAAUCUAGCAGAUCUGAUGACUCUAUUCCUCUAUGUACCUAAACAAAUCAUUUGGCUGAUCACAUAUCAAUGGUACGGUGGAGAAUUCCUGUGCAGAGCGUGCGCUUUCUUCUCCACAUUCUCAUUUUAUCUCAAUUCAUUUGUCAUUGCUUGCAUUGCAAUUGACCGAGUAUUCGGUGCGUACAACAUCAGUUCACUCAACGCCCAUCGAAAAGCAUACAUCAGAUGUCGGAACCUAUUGGGAUGUGGAUGGAUUCUCGCAUUUUUGUUGUCUCUUCCGCAGGCUGUGGUGUUCACGACGACGAGUCCAUAUGAGAAAAUUGAUUUCAAGCAAUGUGCGACAAUCUUCAUGAUUUUCCUUCACGAGAAACGUAUCGAAUACCAAGACCCAAUGACAACAGAUGCUCGUCGUGAAGAGAUAGACGCAGAGGCAUCAACAAUGGAACGAUGGGAAAAGAUGUAUGCAAUCAAUCAUUUUCUAUUUGUCUUCUGGAUUCCAUGUAUCGUUAUUGUCGGAAGCUACAUAGUAGUGUUACUCAUUCUUCAAGGGCAUCUCAAGCAAGACAAAUCCUCCACGUCUUGCUUCAAUUUUCGAGUAAAGUCAUCUGAUUUGACACUGGAUGAUACUCAAUCAACUACAACGAGAUCUCCAACUAGGUCAACAUAUUUACUCACUCAAGAAGAAUCAUUUGCACUUCGAUCCUCUUCAUCCUAUGAUUUUGAGUCUCAUCAGUCUCAUCCAACUCGUCAAGGAUCGUUCAGAUCAAGAUGUUCAAAUGGAGGAGGAACAAAGUUCGGAGCAAUGGCAGUUACCACUAUUCAUAGAGCAAAACAACAUGCAAAACGACAAGCUGCUCUCAUCAUUGUCGCCUAUUUAUGUAUUUGGAGUCCUUAUAAUCUGUUCACUGUCCUCAAUCUAUUUGGAAUGCCAAUUAUGGAAGAAUUACGACAUUUCUUGAGUUUUCUGAAUGCUGCAAUUUGUGUGAAUACAGUAGUCAAUCCGAUUAUUUAUGGAGUCUUUGCGUUGCCUGGAAGGAAAUAA